AUCGAGCGGAUCCGCAGUUGGAUAAGGUUGACGAACGACGUGUCGGUCAAAGAAUUUGCAGCACUCUCCCCUCGGCGUUUUGACAAAACAAGCUAGGUAGCCUAACAGCCUGCAUCCCGGUACGGCGGCACGCUACAUUUUGGUAGAAGAUGCGCUUGGGGAUUCCUCGGAGGAGCAGAUUGGUGGUGCUGUUGGUGUGCAGUGCUGUAGUAAUUUUACUGUUCCUUCUUAUUCGCUCACCUGAUUCAACUCUGCGGUAUGAUUCCCUCACAUUUGCCAAACUACGGCCUGCUGUUCGAGAGACAGUUAAAUUUUUAGAAGACGGAAAUGGCAAUUUUGAACCUCCUGCUGACACUCCAAAAAUAGGCCCAGGUGAGGAUGGUAAGGCAUACCAUCUGCCUCCUAGUCAACAAAAUGAAGGAAGUCACAGUGUGAGUGAGUACGGCAUCAACAUGAUUGUCUCUGAUUCCAUUGCUAUGGACAGAAAUAUCCCUGACACUCGUCAUGAAGAGUGUGCUCACUGGCAGUACCCGGCUGCUUUACCCACCACAUCUGUUGUAAUUGUGUUCCACAAUGAGGGCUUCUCAACCCUUAUGCGCACAGUGCACAGCGUCAUCAACAGAUCGCCUCCUCAGCUACUACAUGAAGUCUUGCUUGUUGACGAUUUCAGCGACAAAGCUAAUUUGAAGGAGCCACUGGAUGACUACAUCAGAAGAUGGGGCAGCAAAGUGCGUCUAAUACGCAACAAGGAGCGUGAAGGGCUCAUCCGCACGCGCACUAUUGGUGCGGAACAAGCACGCGGAGAAGUCGUCUUGUUCCUCGACGCGCAUUGCGAAGUCAAUAAGAACUGGCUGCCUCCACUGCUGGCGCCCAUUUAUCGAGACAGGACAACUAUGACGGUGCCAGUGAUUGACGGCAUAGAUCACGAGACGUUCGAGUACCGCCCCGUGUACGGACCGGGUACCAACUACCGCGGCAUCUUCGAGUGGGGGAUGCUUUACAAGGAGACUGAGCUGCCGCCGGAGAUGGAGAACGCUCGUCCGCACUCCAGUUCUCCUUACAAGUCGCCGACGCACGCAGGAGGAUUAUUUGCCAUCGACCGCUCCUACUUCCUGGAGCUUGGCGCCUACGACCCUGGCCUCCUGGUGUGGGGAGGUGAAAACUUCGAGCUCUCCUUCAAAGUGUGGCAGUGUGGCGGCAGCAUUGAGUGGGUUCCUUGCUCGCGCGUGGGCCACGUCUACAGAGGCUUCAUGCCUUACAACUUCGGCAAGCUCGCCGAGAAGAAGAAGGGGCCCAUCAUCACAAAUAACUACAAGCGUGUCAUCGAGGUCUG